AUGCUGCUGAUCGAAAGCGUUGACCUCUGGAGCCUAUCGGGGCUGAUUGGAUGCGAACACCUCAACAACGCGGUUUUUGAUUCCGACAACUUGAGCUCGUGGACGAGCUCCCUGCUAUUUGCCAUCCAGUACGCCAUCUACCGUUGUGACCGCUUCCGACUUUCCCCCAGCGACGUCAGCAUCUGCGUCCUGGACCCGGCCGACUUCCCGCGCGGACAGUUUAUGCGCGACAUGACCCUAAUCAGGGCGUAUAGGGAGCACAUCGUGACGACUCUGGCGCAGCUCGAACAGGCGGGGCUGUACGAGUUGUAUCCGCAGUGCGCAGACGCUCACGGGAAGAAGCAGUGGACCAAUCGCGUGCUGGAUCUGCGCGCCCUGUGGUCUAUUCGGAAGCCGACGACGACGAUGGCGGAGACGGAGACGGCGCUGAGGAUCGCGAAGAAGUGCUUUCCGCGGUUUGGCGCAGCGGACAUGGCGUUGAUGCUCCUGGCGUUUCGGAAUCGCCCGCUGAAGGGCGCUGGCCUGGAAGACAGCGGCUUUGCCGAGGACCACGCGGCGAGUCAGUAUGGGCCUGUGGAAGUUAACCGUUACCGCGCGCUGCUUGUGAAGGCGGAAGAGAUCAGAAAAGACGACAAUGGGCUGUUUUCUGAUGAGGAUCUUCUGAGAAAAAUCUAUCUGUGUGCUGAAGACGAAUAA